UCUAGAGCGCCCGGAGUUGUUGCUAGGCUAAUGGGGUUGGACUCAUUGCCUACACAGAACAUCUCCGAGUCUUCUUCCAUCCCGUUCUCGGGAUCUUGCUCUCUCAGGGUCUUCCAUCCCACGGACUACGCUGACAUCUCUAACAAGCUUGGCAGGUCGUCUUCAAUUCCCAUUGAGUCGAGGUUUCUUAAGGUGCAGAACCGGCCAAUCGAGAGAUUUCAGACUGAAAUAUUGCCUCCAAAAUCAGCAAAGCCAAUUCCAAUCACUCACCAUAAGCUUUUGUCUCCCAUCAGGAGUCCAGCAUUCAUCCCGACCAAGAAUGCUGCUUAUAUAAUCGAGGCGGCUGCGAAGAUUAUCGAGGCUAGUCCUCGGGCAACUUCCAAAGGCAAAGUUCCAUCAUUCGGGUCCUCUUCCGUUCCUUUGAAAGUGCGGAACUUGAGAGAGAAAAUUGAAGCUGCACAUAAAGUAUCAAGGCCUCAAAGAGCUGAUGAGCCUAGCGAGAGUAUGGUGAAGCCUUUGAAAGUACAGCACAAGGACAAGAGCCGCGGUAAAUCGGAUUAUACAUCAACAUUCAGGAUAACUAAGGACUCGGAAAAAGGCGUUUCUAACAGUCCGAGUAAUAAGGGAAAAUCAGUCUCACUUGCAGAACAAGCAAGGGUUAAUGUUCAGAGGAAAGAAGGGUCAUCGUCGAGUGUUAAUGGGAGUUUUGUGAACCAGAAGGAGAGGAACGAUGCUAAAAGAAAACAGCUCUCUCCAAACCAGUCGGAUAUACGAAGGACUGUGGAGAAAAGAGCCUCGGCAAACAGGACUAACGGUGUGCUGAGGCAGAAUAAUCAGAAGCAGAAUUGCGUAUCUAAUAGAGAUAAUUCAACGUCUAAGAUUUCAACCUCAGACCAGCAAGGUAGAAACGCGAGUUGCAUAAACGGUACAUCAGGGUCUAAUAGGACCAUAAACUCCAGGAAGACGGUCUCAGUGGCAACCAAUACUGCAAAGGAGGUCCCGAUGUCUAGAAGAAAAAAUUUGCUUAGAAAGAAAUGCCCUGUAAAUGAGGAUCUUCCUUCUGGACAAUUUGUUCCUGAUAUUUCAUCUACAAAUGGGUGUGAAAGGUCCGUAAAAUGUAAUGUUACAACUGGUGGGCACUUGAAUCGGGAUGCAGAUGUAAAGAAAACGAGCACGGAUGUUGUUUCGUUUACAUUUACAUCCCCUAUAUCAAGAUCCAUGCCUGACAUAUAUUCCACUAGUAAAGUUGCAGAAAACAGCUGCAGCAGCAGCUUUUAUAUCGACCCUUCUGGUGACGGUGACUUGCUAUUUUCGAAAAGCUCGGCAUUCUGUUCUCCCAGAUUCAAUAUAAUUGGCGGGGAUGCUCCGAGUGCUAUUUUGGAAAAAAAGCUCAAGGAAUUGACAAGUAGAAUCGAGUCAUCCAACUGCAAUAUCAUCAUAGAGGGGACUUCUACUAGCCCUACAUCCAGUUUGCAAAAUUCAGUGCCGGCAACCACAACAUCAGCCGCACAUAACCAAAGGCUUCCCGUGUAUCAAGAUAAUGAUAUCUCAUAUAGCUCAGGUGACUUCGAUCAAUCUUCUGACAACCUGGCGCAUGAUUGGAGAAGGAAGUGGCAGUCCGAAGAAAUCGAAGAGCAAAAUGCUGGCUGCAGCAGCAGCGAGACUGGCAUAGAAGUCGGUACCCGACAUCCUGUCCUGCUUUCAGCUCUUGAACCUUCUGUCGCGAGCACUGGCUGCUCAGGUAGCAGAAAUGGCGCUCCAACAUCGAUGCCGGAUCAAGAUCAAGAAGUGUUAAAUGGGGCCUCCGGAAGCGAGUCUCGGACAGAAUUCUGUACGGAGUUAUCCGACUCAGCAUCUUCCAAACCUGAGGGAGAAACGGGCAGAAUGCUUUCAACUAUGGCAUCAAAUUCCACAGACUAUAAACUGUCAAUCGAAUGGGAAACCGAUUUUGUGAAAAUGGUGCUAAAAGAUUCUGAGCUAUUGUUUAAAGAGUAUGCAUCGGGUCGGACCGAAAAGGUAAUGACCCUGAAGGCCUUAAAUCAGCUAGAGCAUCCGAAUGGAACAGAGAGAAACGGAGAAGAUUACAAGCUCGCACAAAAGCUUUUGCUCGAUUACGUGAGUGAAUGGUUGGAGGUGAGGUACCGACAGGUUCUGGUCGGAAGCUGCAAAGGACGUGUUAGCUGGGAAAGAACGAUACAAAAACCGGAUCGGUUGGCCGACGAGGUGAGCAAAGAGAUUUCGGGUUGGAAAAGCAUGGGGGACACAAUGGUGGAUGAUGUUGUAGACAUGGACAUGAGCACAAAGCAUGGGAGAUGGCUGGAUUUUGACAUGGAAGCAUUGGAAGAGGGUGUAGAAAUUCAUAAGAAUAUAUUAACUUCAUUAGUCGAUGAAUUAGUUUCUGAUUUAUCAUUUUAAGGCUGCUCCGAGAUUAGUAAUUCUGCGAACAACCUACUAAUUGAAGGUUAAAAAAGUUGGAAAUAGGUAUUUUAUCAAAAUCCGAG